AUGGGCUGCCCACUUCUCAGAGUUAAAGUGGUGAGCAUGGCUCCUACAUGGUGGUCCCAGCACAAGUGGGAGAAAAAGGCCAGUGAAAGUAAGAGCUUUGACAUCUUCUGUGAUGUAGGCCACAUGGCGCUGGACACCCUUUGGCAAAGGAACAGCGGCCUAGGAUACAGAGACAACAGCUACUAUAUGGCAGUCAGUGAGCUCACACUGCUGGUGCAGCAGCGCAUCGAAUCCUUCCAGUACCACAAUGGCUUCAUUUACUGGCGCACUCCACAUGGCCGCCGCUUCCUGCGGGCCUGCCAGAUAGCCCAUGACCAUACAGAUCAGGUCAUCAAGCAGCGGAAGGCAGCCCUGCAGGAUGAGAAGGAGCAGAAAAAGAUCCAGCAGCGGAGACAUCUGGACUUCCUGGACAUUCUCCUGGGUGUUCGGGAGGAACUUGAGCUGAGGCUUCCUGACUCUGAUGUCUUUUGUCCAAAACUCCAUCAUUACUACCAGUUCUUUUGGAGCAUGUGUAUCAGUGGGGAUAAAGCCAAGAUCUCUGCCUCAGAUGUUUGGGUGUGA